AAUAAUUUAGCGAAUAAUUUCGACGUUUCUCAAUCUCAUCCCAUCCAGUCAACUCCCUAUCUCCUUGUCCUUCCGAGAAAACCCCUAAGAAUUGGUCAAACAUUCAAAAUACAUCCCUAUAUACCAACCAGAUUUAUACAUCACCUAUACACGCCAUUGUUGAUCAUCAAUUCGAAUCCUCCCUGAUUGAUCUCCGCGCGUCCCAUCCAUAUUCUCGGAAAUUUGUAUUAUGGCGUCGGAGAUCGAAGUUGUGGAGGAGGUGGAAUCGAGGGAUCAUCGGCCGGACUCCUCGGCCGCCGCCGCCGCCGCCGCGCCGGAGGACGAGAGCUUGAGGAACGAUGUUUACACGGCCGCUGCCUACGGGGAUAUGGAGAAGCUCCAGAGGCUAGUGGAGAGUGAGGGUUGCUCCGUUUCGGAGCCCGACGCCCUCGGCUACUAUGCCCUCCAAUGGGCAGCGCUUAAUAAUCGAACGGCCGCAGCUCAGUACAUUAUCGAGCAUGGAGGUGAUAUUAAUGCACGUGAUCAUACUGGACAAACAGCUAUGCAUUGGAGUGCAGUGAGGGGUGCAAUUCCGGUUGCUGAACUUCUGCUGCAGGAGGGUGCUCGUGUCAGUGCAGCUGAUUUUAAUGGUUAUCAGACGACACAUGUUGCAGCACAGUAUGGUCAGACGGCUUUCCUUUGUCACAUUGUUACAAAGUGGAAUGCUGAUGCUGAUGUUCCUGAUAAUGAUGGAAGAAGCCCAUUGCACUGGGCUGCUUACAAGGGAUUUGCUGACUGCAUUCGCCUUCUGCUAUAUCUGAAUGCUCAUAGAGUGCGACAAGAUAAAGAAGGUUGCACCCCGCUGCACUGGGCUGCCAUUAGGGGUAACUUAGAAGCAUGCACUGUUCUGGUGAUGGCAGGGAAGAAAGAAGAUUUGAUGGUGACAGAAAAUACCGGCCUUACACCUGCACAGCUUGCUGCCGAUAAAAAUCAUAGACAAGUCGCAUUUUUCCUUGGAAACGCUAGAAGGUUGUUUGACAAACGAUGGGAUAACAACAGCUUUCUCGGCAGACUUUCAAAACUAGGACUUGCUCCACUUCUUUGGUGUAUAAUUUUCCUGAUGCUUGCAACAUAUAUAUAUUCAGUUAUUACAGCUUCAAAUCUGCCAAGAUUAACAGCUGGCUUUGGUCUUUUUGCCUGGAUGGGUGUGUUCUUGGCAUCAAUAGGUCUAGUUUUCUUUUAUAGAUGUAGCAGUAAGGACCCUGGCUUUAUCAGAAUGAAUGUUCAUGAUCCAGAAAACCUGAAAGAUGAUGAGCCUUUGCUGAAGAUCGAAAUUAAUAAUCCUGCUUUGAUUAAUGGAAAUUGGUCUCAGCUUUGUGCAACUUGCAAGAUUGUUAGACCUCUUCGUGCCAAACAUUGUUCCACCUGUGAUCGUUGUGUUGAGCAAUUCGACCAUCAUUGCCCAUGGGUGUCCAAUUGCAUUGGCAAGAAAAACAAGUGGGACUUUUUCUUGUUACUUGUUCUCGAAGUUCUGGCAUUGCUGAUAUCUGGUUCAGUGGCUUUGACAAGGGUGUUGACAGACCCAUUGGCCCCAUCCACCUUUGGUGCCUGGCUGAGCCAUGCUGGUAAUCAGCAUGUUGGCGCUUUAGCAUUUUUAGUUGCAGAUGCUUUCAUCCUUUCUGCUGUUGGAGUUUUGACUUGUGUACAGGCUUCUCAGAUUGCUCGCAAUAUCACAACAAAUGAAAUGGCAAACAUGCUGAGGUACAGUUACCUAAGAGGACCAGAUGGUCGAUUUCGUAAUCCAUAUGAUCAUGGUUGCAAGAAGAACUGCGCAGAUUUCUUGAUAAAUGGUUAUAACGAAGAUAUAGAGCAUGUCGAAGAAUCAGGGGAAUCCGAAGGAAUCAGGAUGAUGAAUAUGACACGAGAUGCAAACCAUACGAAUGGUGUGAGCCAUACUCAUCAACCAAAUGGAAACGGCCAUAUAGUAAUCGAUGUGAACAAGACCUCUAAUUCACAUCAGGGCCACAUACAUUCUUCUCAUUGCAGCCAUAGCCCCAGCCCCAGCCCCAGCCAUAGCCACAGCCACAGUCACAGUCACAGUCACAGUCAAAGUCACACUAAUAGCCAUGUCCCUGCAGGUCUGGGCAUCGGAUUAGGCCGAAAUGUUUCGCGUGCUGCAGUGGUUUCAUGAUAAGGUGUUGUUUACUAUAGGCGAAUGCCCACCUAACGUGAUCCACACUGUUGAUAAAUCGACGCAUUUGUAUCUUGCUCAAUCAUCUUGAUUUUUUCCUCCCUUGUAUAAAAUUUUGGUGUAUGUUGUAGCAUUGGACAUGGUUUUCUUUCCCAAAUUAGCCUUGUCCUCUUCUUUUAGUGUGGUGCACUGUGGAUGUUGCACUGAGUGCACCAUAGGAAUUGGGAUAGAUGUGAAGAAAAAUACUAUGUCAUUAGAUAUUUCCAUUUUGUGUGCACUACAAUCUUUAUUCAACCAAGCACUUUGUCACUUUGCUUUGUGAUUUACUUUUCUUGAUAAUUCAUCCCACAAAACAGAUGUCACACUUAAUCUGAGCCGAUCAUCGUGUGGUUCGAGGACGUUCCUGUAAUUUCAGGUUUCCUAUAAAGUACUAAAACAAAGCAGUCCACUAUGAAAAGGUGAAAAAGGAAAAAGAAAAUAGAGUGAUCAUUCAAUUUGAUCAGUAGCAUAUAUAGAAAUGGAGAAGGUCAUGGUGGUGGUGCUUGUAGUGGUGAUGGCGGCGGCAGCAGCGAUAUGUCUACCCCUCACCGUUGGCGUCCUCAUCGAACAAGCCGGUGAAGCGGCUGCAAAGGCUGCGGAAGAGGGUCUUGGCGACAUAGGCAGAAGGGCAAUCCACAAAGCUGAUAAGAUCUUGAAUGGAAGCAGCAACUGCAAGCUAUGCUCGUUUAAUGAUCUGCCCUAUUUAAUCUUCUUCUCCUUGUUGGUUUAUUUUGCAUCUGCUUGCUAUUAAUACAUGUGUUUUUUAGUUUUCCUUUUGAGUUUUAUGUGUAUAUAUAUCAUUACAAGUCUUGAAUUUUGAUUUCAUGUACAUAUGCGAAUAGUUUUACUUGUGUACAAAUCAUGUUAGUCUUGAUCUUGUGAGCAGCCAAAAGUUGUUUGUAGCCUCCAAUUUCCGAUGUAAAUUUCAGUUGCAGGGUUUGUGUUUCA